AUGACGGACACUUCCGGCGGCUUUUCCGGUCCUGCUAUGUCACCGCGGGGCGCGGAGCCCGCGCCGGACGCGGCGUCGGUGCCGGGGCCCGGCCCGGCCUCGUCGCGGCCGCUCUUCGGCGGCUGCUGGAGCUGCCGCCUGCUGAGCGGCGCGGGGCUGCUGAUGGCCGCCGUCUGGGUGUACCAGGGGCCGCGGAACGUCAUGAAAAAGGGGAUCACCCCCUCCAUGGGCGCCAUCGCCCAGAUCACCUUCGCCGCCGGUCUGGCCAGCUGGGCCAUCGUCAUCCUCGCCGACCCCGUGGGACGGUGGCAGCGCCGGGAGCCCUGAGGGGACCCCAAUAAAGCCCCGGGACCCCCAGAGUGCCCUGGGGGGGGCACAGGACAGGACAGA